CAAAAAUGUCACUUUUUAAGCAUUUUAAACCUUUUAAACAUGCACGAUUUCCCAAAUUAUUUAAACGAAAUGAAACAACGUCAGAGUGCAAAAACCCUGAACUUCCUCCUGAAUGCGAACCUGACCCAGAAUGUACUACAGAACUCGAUCCUAAGGAGCAAAUGAGCGAGUUUUGUCAAUACCUAGCGCAAUGUCUUCCGAAAUUUGUUCAAAAAAUUCACAGAAAUCAUUGCAACGAAAUCGAAGUUAUGGUGCAUACCACCGGGAUUUUACCUAUACUGCAAUUUCUUAAAGAUCACCACAAUUGUCAGUUUGCUUGCUGUACUGAUAUAACCGCUAUAGAUGUCCCUUCCAGAAUUUACAGAUUUGAAGUAAUCUACAACCUAUUAUCAAUCCGCUACAAUACACGAAUACGAGUCAAAACUUACACAGACGAACUGACUCCACUGGAAUCAGCAAUUUCAGUCUACAAAAAUGCCAAUUGGCUCGAGCGAGAGGUAUGGGACAUGUACGGGAUAUUUUUUCAGAAUCAUCCGGAUUUGAGAAGAAUUUUAACAGAUUAUGGCUUUAAAGGCCAUCCGCAAAGAAAAGAUUUUCCAAUUUCCGGGUAUAUUGAGUUGAGAUACGAUGAUGAGAAGAAAAGAAUUGUGAGGGAGCCCAUAGAACAUCCACAAGAGUUUAGGAGGUUUGACUUGAGUGGCCCAUGGGAGAAUUUUCCCAAUUUUAGACAAUCGCGGUUGAACCCUGUUAAAAAAGAAGUAAAGAAGGAAAAGGUAAAAGUAAAAUCUAAAGACAGUUGUGUUAAAAUGGUUGCUGUAGAUAACCAACAAGAAAAAGUGAGGUUAGUUCAACAAGAUAAUGCUUAUCCGGCUAUGCUAGUAUUGUCACCAUUUAACAUUCUGGAAUUUUUAAUAGAAGAUUUGUUUAAUCAAAUAAAAAGUUUAUUUGGAUUUAUUGGACAUAUUCAAGAGGAAGAUUUUUUGGAGCCAGACGAUGAUAAAAAAAUCAGAGAAAAUUCGGGUAAUGAACAAAAGUGCGUGAAUCAGUAUACUCAAAAGAUAAAUUAG